AUGCCGCGCACCACAAGGCAGAGCCUGCAGGCCCAACCUGCCAUCCAAGUCUUCGCCAGGGCGACCAAGGCCGGUAUCGUACCACAGUUGCCCGGAAAGCCAACUGUCACCCUCCCCGGCAAGACCGUCUCAUUACCUGCUUCCCCCUCGAAGAAGCGAAAGCUGCAGGAGGUCGAGAAUGUCGUCGCUCCCCGACAGCCCACCGAGGAGGAAGCCGAGAGCCCCUCGAAGACUCUCAAGCUCAGCCAAUUGACUGUCAACUCACCACGUAGUGGUCACUAUGCUACGCCCAAGCGAACCCCCAGUCGUCGAACCAGUUCCCCAACCAAGAUCAACGAGUCACCCGCGACCCCUGGCACCCCCUCGAAACAAUCAAAACUCAACUUUACACCCGUUCGUGAGGAGCCAAAGCUUGCACCGCGCGCAAAAUGUGUCAAUGAGUUCUUGGACCUUCACUCCGCCUUCGUGAAGGCUCUUUCUAUCCACGCAGCACACAACGGUCCGAAAACCCCUGCAGACCUCAGAGAAUUCCUUCCCAGCGUCACCCGUAUUUGGAGGAAGCGCAAGGUGCAGACUAAGGACGUGCAGCGUCUGCUUUGGGUGUGGGAUCAGAGUGUGAACGCCAAGGAUGUCUCUUACCGUCUUGCAAACUACGGACUGGGCAAAAUUUGCAUCGAGCGAACAGUGCAGUUGGAGGUACAGCCUCCGGCUCUGCAGGACGCGUUCGAGCAGGCACUUGAUCUCCUCUGGGCGCAGACUGAAGAGUCUUUGCAGCAAGUUACCGAAGAAGACCGUCCGUCUCUGUUCCUGGAGACUCUCGAUCUCGCUGUCAUCCACGAGUCUCUCACUCCCUUCACCGCGUUCCAAAAGGGUCAGCAGCGACUGCAGGACUUGCGAGGAGGUGUUCUUCGCAUGAAGGCCGAGAAGCUGCGCUCGGAGAUGGAGAAGACCGGCUCGAAACCAUUGGCUGCCACCAGCAGCCGUCGUCAAGGGCUCCUGGAUCGCAUCAAGAACAAGGAGCUGAUUCAGUCUAAGCUGCCUCCUCCACCGUCCAAAAAAGAGGUUCUCCGUCGUUCUGCUGCGGACCGAGUGGAGGAAGUUGCCAACAUCCUGGCUCUUCUCCGCCCCUCUGGAUAUGUAGGCACCGGCAUCAAGGCUAUGCUGGCCAACCAGCGCAAGCCCUUCCAGCUCGAGACUAUCGUGCAGCACGUGCGACAUUCGGUCCGCAACCCAAUAUCGCGUGAAGAGGUUGAAACCUGUAUCGAAAUUCUUGCGGAGCCUCACAUGGCUGGCCACUGGGUCGGUAUUGUUACCAUCAACGAAAUGCGUUCGGUGGUGUUGAAGUCCUGCAAGGACACUGCAUCUAAGGAAAUUGGGUCCAAAGUCUCCCAGAUGAAGGCUGACUGGGACAAGACUGGCUCUUGUGUGCAGACUCCCGUCCUUAUCGUUUAA